AUGGCACAUUCGGCCUGCGCAGCUUGUCGACACCAGCGCAAAAAAUGCUCAGCUGAAUGUCUGCUGGCUCCUCAUUUUCCUCCGGACGACCUUCAAAGGUUUGCGAUUGUGCAUCAGGUCUAUGGAAUUAGCCGUGUUGCCAAAUUGCUUAAAGAUGUUAAUCCUGAGCAAAGAGCAGAUGCAGCAAAUAGUUUGGUGUAUGAAGCAAAAGCCAGAGUGGAGGACCCUGUUUAUGGGUGUACAAGAGCAACCCAACAACUGCAGAAGCGGAUUGCAGAUUUGGAGUCCCAGUUGGCAGCCACGCAAGCAGAGCUCCUGAAUAUGCGUUUUACAAAUGACAAGCCCGUAUACCCUCUCACCAUUGGAGGUGAUGAUGCUGGAAAUGUUUUGUAUUCCCCCUCACAACAUAGUCAAUAUAGCAUGUGUGAGGAGGAUCCAAAGCUGUUGUGGGAACCGCUAUGGCAAGUACAUGUUUCUGAUUUUUUUUCCUUCCUUGGUGGAAAGGAGGGCAUUACUGGGAAGCCAGGCCGUGGCUUCAACCUCGGUCAGCUACCCCGUGCUCCAUUGUAG